AUGCGUGAAUAUCUACUGGCGAAAUUUCCAGAUCCUAUUGAACGGCCUUUGCAAUCUAACGAACGGUCGGGACUUGUGAACGGGAAGGGAAGGGAGCGUAGGGAUGAGAAGGAAUGGGUCUUGGCGGAGUACAAGGGGGCAAUCUAUGGGAAGCAGUGUCUAGAGUCGCAGGAAGUUAUCCUGGAGUAUUUGCUGGGCAAAUGUUUGGAGCAGUGCCGCAUGUGCCUGGAGGAAUUGAGGGAGACGAGGAAUGCCUCCCGGACGGCGGACGAGUCGAUGGCGUAUGUGUUACGGUAUGGCAAGUCGAGAGGUGUGGAUGUGGACGCGCCGGCCGUGAACGCGGAGAGUGCGAUGAUGUUCAAGAGGGUGCGGCAGGAUCUUCACGAACUCGCGGAAGAGUUGAAGGAACUCGACGAUUCAAGAAAAAUUGCCGCCCAGUUCUUAAGGAAUCCAGGGUCGGUCUUGCCGCUAACAUAG